GUGGUUCUACCACGAAGCUGACGACCAUCGAUGAGCUCGAGCGCAUGGUGCCGGUAUCCUUCGUGCCGAACGUGGUUCCGGAGCCUUUUGCCGAUCAUCUUCUUCAGGUGUUCCUGGAGGAGGCGAAGUCAUGGCACAAGUCAAAGCGCUGGCUGUACGAACGCGAGAUUGAGAGUCAUCGCGUCGAGUCCGGUUUCCGCUUUAACGACUUUGGCAGCGCCGUCAGCAGCUCCAGCGGCUUCUCCCAGCGCUGGGAGCGUGCCGGUUUCGGGGACGAUCUGCGUCACCUUCGUGGACAGGUGGCCGCAGCCGUGCAGCGAGCACGGAAUCAGCUACGGCAGCGUUGGCGCCAGAGAGGUGCCGACGUCAGUGUGGAUGUGCCACUCACCAAGCACGAACUUGCCCAGGAGACCGUGGCUCUUGCGAGCCGUGGGCAACGACUCAGUGCGCAGAGCGUGGAAUGGCUGGUUCGCUAUGCCCAGAGUUACGCCACAAAGUCCUGGCGAUGGGAACCGAACUUCGUCGUGGCCAACCUUUACAAAGACCAGGAUGACUUCCUGGGUGCGCACAGCGAUCCUGUUGAUGU